CCGCACCCCCUGCCAGUGUAAGGCAUGAUGCAGGUAUAUAGCCCAAAUAUGCCCAAAUGUUACGAAGAUGGCCUCGAUUGGCCAGAAGACGAGUAUAAUUGGGAGUGGGGCCAUGCCAGCAGCUGGGAGUGAGGAACGUGAGGACUAUCAGCACUUGUGUUGCUGCCCCCUGCAUGGCUUUCUGCCCAUGAUCAUGCAAGCGCCUUUCAGCUGAUGCUUUUUGGCCCCAGCCAUUACCAGCUGCCCUCUUUCUGCCUGGUGCUGCUAACGCCGGUGGCCACAGCUUGGCUAGCUUGCCCAAAGGAGAACCCGCGGAAGGUUGCCAAGCCGCCCCCCACACGCCCGGGAGAGCGAGGGCUGCAGCUACUAGGAUGGCGAGUCCUGGAUUUGAGGCAUACCUUCGAGUUCCUGGCAGGUGGGGCCAGCUUCAUCAGAUUGCAGCUGGAAGACUUCCGGUGGCUGAGAGGCGCCGACGAGCAGCUCACGAAGGGCUUCGAGGAGCUGCUGAGAGGUCGACAAGGCCAAAGUUGUUUGGCGGUUGACGAUGUUCUGUCGCGGAACUGGGACUUGGCAUACCCUGCAGAGUCUGAGUUGCUGAUGCACCUUCGGAAGAACAGAGAGGCCUUGGUGCGAGAGCUGCUGACGCUGCGGCCUUCAGCAGGUGUGCUUUGCAACAGGCAGGUUGUUGACGCAGCAGCUUGGAACAAGAGGAAGGCGUCCAAGUUUGAGCUGCAAGAGCUUUGGAAGAUAUUUUUCAGGGAUCGGAAGGUGCUGGUCAUCAUUGGAGAGCUCUUUGCCCCAACUUACCUGGAGUUCUUCCUGCAAGGGGCCCAGAGCGCUGCGGCGCGCUACGUGCAGCAGGACGAGUUCAACGAUGGACUCGCAGGCCUGCUGUCGGAUCUCCGUGCCAAUGUCGAAGACUUCGACGUGGCGCUGGUGGUGGGUUUCCCUGACCCACUGGGCGCUUUGCUGAGCGCUGGCCUGGACUGCGCUGUCCAGACGAUUGAUGGUGGGCUGAUGACAAUCCAGCCAAGGGCCGGGAAGUCGCAUCCAGAGCCGCCGCCGCUGACGUCCACUACCAGUGGUGGUUGGGCGUAUCCAAGGCCACACCUCCGAAGGGACACCCGCUGGUUGUUGCUGAACGGCCAAUGGGACGUGCAUAUUAGUCCCAGGGAUGCUCCUGCUUUGCCGGCAUCCUUCCACGAUGGGGUCGUAGAAGUACCCUACCCAAUAGAAUCGCACAGUGGUGGCUCUCUACGGAUUUCAGAGCACGAGCUGCUUUGGCUUCGGCGCAGGGUGCCCAGCACAAACUGGGGACGCACGCUUCUGCACGUUGACGGGUGUGAUUGGGAAUGCAGCAUCUUCGUAAAUGGCGUGCUUUUGGGCACCCAUCAAGGUGCUUACGACCCUUUCACCUUUGAGCUGCCGCCUGAUGAGGCCGUGUGGGAGAUUAUUAUGCGUGUUUGGGACCCCACAGACAGCGGUUGCGAGUACAAAGUGGAUGAGCAGCCCCACUGUCAUCGCUGCUGUGAGAGUGGAUGGCAGCCUCGUGGAAAGCAGUCCUUGCAACCUGGAUUUAUCAUGUAUUCUGCUGCCACAGGCCCAUGGCAAAGCAUAUGGCUCGAGGAGGUGCCCCAAGCAUGCCUCAUCCACUCUGCGGAAACGCAUUUGCUUCAGCCCAGAGCGGACAGUGGCGUUCGCCUGGAGGUGCAGGUGGCACCGGGUUGUGAGCUCAAUGCCAAGCUGACCGCUUCAGUGCUGUUGCGAGGUCAGACCUUGGUUGAAGAGAGUAGCAGUGCGGGUGCUCAAGUGGUGGAUCUGCCUCCAUUGCCGGAGCUUUGGAGCCCAGAUCGUCCCACGAUGUACACUGCGCAACUGGCACUCUGUGACUCGACCUGCGACCGGGUGACCUUCCACUUUGCAUUGCGAUGGCUGUCCAAGUCAGAGAGCCAUGGACCCAAGGAGGAAGUGACGUUGCUUCUCAAUGGGGAGCCCGUUUUCCAAAGUGGUGUGCUUUACCAGGGCUACUGGCCUGAAUCAUUGAUCGCCCUCCCGGGCCCACUGGCCUUGGAGGAGCUCCGGGAGAUCAAGGCUAUGGGCUUCAACCUAGUUCGGGUCCACGCCACCGUCUUACCGGCGAUCUUCUAUCACUUUUGUGAUCAAGAGGGCCUCCUGGUGUGGCAAGAUUUCCCUGCUGGGGAUGGCCGGGCAUUGCCGUUAUGGGAUUCGGCACGGGGCACCUUCGAGCAGACCGGCACAGUGAGCCCUUUGGAGAUGGAUGAGAUUCAACGCUUUCCCGAGUCUGCUUCCAAUUUUUGGAAGGAGCUUGAAGCCAUGAUCUCAUGGCUUCGCAGCUUCGGAUCCAUUGUUUGCUGGGUUCCUUUCAAUGAAGCCUGGGGGCAAUUCCAAACGAUGCAAGUGGUGCAGUGGCUUCGGCAAUUCGGUGGGAAUCGUUGGAUCAACAUGGCCAGUGGCUGGAAUGAUGUGGCUGAUCUAUUUCCCGGCAUGGAUGCUGGUGAUUUGGUAGAUGCUCACAACUACGAAAACCUGCCGUACGAGGGUCUGAACCUUGGCAGAAUGAUAGAUCGAAGAACCAGAACAGGAAGACAAGUCAAGUUGCCUCAGAUUCGAAGAAGGAGGGAACACGCAGCUGAGGCGGAGCACCUUCCAAUUGUGGCCUUUGCCAAUGCAGGGUCGUGCUUUGGCACUAGGCGAAUAUGGCGGCCUUGGCUUUCCGUUAGAGGGCCACGAGUGGUCACCAGAGACUUCCUGGGCCUAUGGGAACUUUGGCACAACAGGAGUUUGGCCUGCGAUUCCUGGAGCUGGGAGCACGUGUGCAAGAACUGUUAUGCGAAAACUGGAUGUCUGCCGUGGUGUAUACCCAGUGGAACGACAUCGAGGAAGAAGUCAAUGGCUUGGUGACCUACGAUCGUGUCUCCAAGCUGCCAAGAAGCACGGUUCUGGACUUCAAUCGCCAGUUGAAGGAGGCUCAUGCCCGCUGUACCCGCAAGUGGGACCAAAAAGGGGCAUAUUCAUGAGAGAGAGAGAGAGAGUCAGGAUGAGUGACACUCAAUUCUGUGGCCUUAGUGCUUUAGACAAUGUCUUUUGGAAGGAGCCUUGUGCAAACUUGCCCUGUACAUGCUGUGCUCCAAAUACUUACUAGGCCUGAAAGCAUUACGCAGAAUCCAUUCUAGUGGAAUCGGAGUAUGGUCAAGCAACAACCUGCUGAAGCUAUUUGGUUCAACCCAGCUUGUUGCAGAGAAGUGG